UCUUAUGUUUAAAUGAAAGUGCUUACUUCCGUUUUUCAUCAAACAAUGUCUACAACUACUGGGUUAUACAGUACGAAGUGUAAAGUAUGCAAGGUGAAAUAUUAAAUGAGAUACUGUUGUAUCGUACAGUUUAGUGUGAAAGGAGAUACAAUUUAUUCGUUCAUUGUUAUCCAAGCUGUAAUUACUGUAAUUACUGAUCAAAGCAAAAGGAGGGGCCACUUCGAACGAGUUGUUUCCUUCAUUUUCUCCGUCAGCAUGAAGGCUAUCCAUUACAAUUGUCGGAUUUACAAACAUCGACUCAUCAAAUCUGGUCAGCUUUUUAUUUAACAUUUUGCCGGAGAAUGUCAGUUUGAAUUGUGGAGACCAAUCAUGCUACCAAUUAUGUUUUGUGUGUAUUAGAUGACAGUUAUAUGGAAGGCAAGCCAUCUCGACGCGUUGCUGCUCUCGUAACAGAUUUCCAAUAGUCCUUGGCUGUGAUCAGAACACAAUCCCAGAAUGCUUAGUUUUGAGAGCUAUCUCGGGCAUAGACAAACCGUAUCUUCCGAUACUAGCUGCUGGUUGUAGCUUUACCGGAAUAUUUCUAAUCAAUAUUGGUUAAGAAUUCUUUCGGAAAAACGGAAAUUGAGGGAAGUGUUGGAGUGCUAUUGAAUUCGUAAACGGCUAGCCACGAGCGUCUCCGAUAAGUGACGGAUAUCUACGAUUGGUCGGGAGUGAGGCUCGUCGAUAUCGACUGAGUGUUUACAAAAUUAUGCACGAACGUGCGGUGGGCAAUGGUGGCGCAAUGGCUGAUGGCUCCCUGCCCGACCCUGCCCCUCCGGCUCCCACUGACCCCCGCUUGCCCCUUAAUGCUAGACAGGUGUUCAAGCUUAAAAAAUCGUGGAAAGGAAUAAAACGGAAUAUGUCACAGACGGGAGUGGAAAUGUUUGUAAGAAUGUUUCGUGGCAGCGAAGAUACAAAAGUGCUAUUUCAAAAGUUCCGUGACAUUCACUCGGAAGACGAACUGAGAACUAAUGACAAUCUAGAGGCACAUGGAACUAAAGUGUUAGAAGUGAUCGAUGACAUUAUAACAAACAUUGAUAACGUAGACGACGUGUUAGAUUUGUUAAAAAUGUCCGGAAAGAUGCACAAGAAAUUCCAAGGAUUUACCCCAUCAAUGUUCUGGCGGAUCGAGGAGCCGUUCAUCAAGGCUGUGAUGAUUACCUUGGGGGACCGGUAUACGGACAAUAUGGACGUUAUCUACAAACUCCUCAUCAAGUUCGUGCUUGAGAACCUCGAUAAAGCCCUCGUCGAAGAGCUGGCCUCCUCGGCAUCAUGAUGCUAGACGUACCUCCACACACAACUCAUAUACUAACACUGAUAGGGCCUCUUACUUUGUCGCAAAGCUGUGCAAUAGUCGAUUGACAGGAUUUGAUAGUAAGGACAUAAUUUUGGAAUGAACGGGAGAUCGUGUUUGCAUUUUAGGUUUGUGCGAUCUUAGGACGUGUUUGCGUCUGUCACAGGCGAUGUGGCAUAAGGGAUAACGGAUAUUGUCGGGCCCAUCCCGUGUAUUGACAUUUGAGACCCAUGGGGAUUCAACUUUAAGGAGGAAGCAUUCAAAAUUAGUUCUCCUGAUUUAUAGAUUUCUCAGAACAUAACGUCUAGCGCAUUAUACGGGACAGUGUUCAUAUUUGUCCUCAAAAGUCUAACUUGUGCACUUAAUAAGCAUUCUAUAUAGAUUGUCGAAACGUGUAUUCUUCUUCAACGAUCAUUUCCAUAUCAAAUGUGUAGAAUAACUGUUAAUGAUUAUUUUGCGGGUUUCAGUCUAUUGAGUAUGAUACAUUUUGCAAUAAUUUUAAGAGAAAUAAUCUGUUUGCAUGUUUUUCCAUGAGGGCGAAAUAUGAAUGGUGUGUUUUGAUUGUGGCAGACAACGACAUCAAGCGUAUUUUAUGAUGUGCAAGGAAAACAUCAAUUUUAGAAAGCCAUGAUUAUGUUUAGCUUUGUUAUCAGAUUGUGAUUUUUGCAUGGCUACUCGUUGGUAAUUUGAAAUGUAAAUAUUUGUCAUAGUUUACUUAUUUUAGUUUUGGUGAAGACAAGUGCAAUAUGAACCGGAAAAUAAAGUUUCGAUCAUAAAACAUCGAAGAAUAUGUUAAUUUAGAAAAAAAACAACAGAAGUAGCACUCAUGUUAUUUUAACAAGAUUUUUGCGAGCCUUUGGUUAAGCUUUUUUAUAGACCAUAAAAACUAUAAACUGAACAAUAUAAUACAAUCUUCCAUGCAUGGUUGUCCAAAAUAAUACACGGUGUGUACUCUAUACGUUCAAAAUACACAUUUUAACAAUCCUACCAUGCAUGGUUUUCCAAAAUGCUCGGUCAGUGUUCUCACGGAUCUAUAAACCAUGGAUCCAUGGUGUUCCGUGCGUUCAAAGUACACAUUUUAACAGUCCUACCGCACAGAGUUUCAAAUAAUGCACUGUCAGUGUUCCGUGCGUUCAUAGUACACAUUUCAACAGUCCUACCGCGUAUGGUUUCCAAUAAUGCACGGUCAGUGUUCUGAUCGUUCAUAGUACACAUUUUAACAAUCCUACCGCGCAUGGUUUUCCUUAAUGCUCGGUCAGUGUUCUCACGGAUCUAUUUACCAUGGGUCCAUGUGUGUUUUGUUCGUUUAUAGUACACAUUUUAACAAUCCUACCGUGCUGGGUUUCCGAUAAUGCUCGGUCAGUGUUCCAUAUAUUCUUAGUACACAGUGGUUGUAAAAUAAUGCAUGGUCACCGCUCUUUCUGUUCAUUGUACACAUGUUUACAUCCUACCUUGCGUGGUUGUCCAAUGACGCACGGUGAGUGUUCCAUAUGUUAAUUCUACAUAUUUCAACAAUCGUACCAUGCAUGGUUGCCCAAUAAUACACAGUCAAUUUUCUUUAUGCUCAAAGUACAUAUUUCGUUAGCCAUGAUAUUAAUCACGAAUAGUUGAAACGGAAUAAUUCAUAUGUUGCGAUAAGUUAGACUAAGUGUAGACCGUUGCAGUAUGUUUUCUUUUAUCAUUCGGAUUGUAUAUCUUUGAUCAUUUUAAUAAAAGGUAUAGCAAUAUAA